AUGUCUUCUCCUGUCAAGUUCUCCUUCGCUUACUCUGAGAUGCCCUUGUCUUCCUCUUCUCCUACUGAGAUGUCCAUGCCUUCUCCUGCUGAGUGGAUGUCGCCUUCUUCCAAGAAGUCUGCUGCUUCCAUCAUGUCUUCUCCUGCUUCGAAGAUGUCUUUUGUCACCCCCAAGAAGACCUCUUUCGCUGCCGACAUGUCUUCUCCUACUUCAGAGAUGUCUCCUGCGCCUCUCAAGUUUACUCCCAAGAAGUCCUCUCCUGCCACCGAGUCUGUGCGCACCAGAGCCAACUCCAUCGACUCCAAGUGCACCACCUUCAGCGACAUCAUCAAAGCUCUCGACGAAACCCACGGCCGCAUUGCCAGCAUGGGCGUCGACGACAUCAAGCAAGACCGCAUCGACAGCAUGCACUCCCUCUCCGACGCCGACAAGUCCAAGAUGACCUACCACCGCGCCUUCGACACCAAGAAGUACAUGAAGGACUACGAGAACGGCGACAUCACUCUGCGUCAGAUCCAGCUUGCUGCCAACGCUAUCAAGCUGCCUGAGGAGCACCGUGCCGACUGGAUCGCUGUCAACGGCAAGUUUCCUGAGCCUGCAUGUGGUUAUGGCAAAUGCACCUACGACCCUUACCCUGGUCCUACCAAGCGCAGACGCGACACCAUCUCCGACAAUAUCGAGGAGGCUGUCAAGAAGGUCAAGAAUGCCUUUAGCAAGUGA